AUGUCGUCCACUACGACGUCUCCGCCCACCAAGACCCUCAAUGCAUACGAGCCCGCCAUGCUCGCCGACCCACCACCACCCACCUCCGCGGUGCUACACCGCUCCCUCAAAGUCCCACCCCUGCAAGUCGUCUCCGCGACCGCCCGCUCCGUCACCUUCUCCAGCGGCGCCACCAUGCUCGACACGACCUGCGGCGCGGCCGUCUCCUGUAUCGGCUACGGCAACACGCGCGUGCGCGACGCCAUGGUCGCGCAGCUCGACCGCUUCGCCUACACCAACAGCAUGUUCUUCGGCACGCCCAUUGGCGAGGAGCUCGCGGCCGAGUUGAUCCGCGGCACAGAGGGGAAGAUGGCCCGGGCGCUCGUGUUGAGCUCGGGGAGCGAGGCGAUGGAGGCGGCGAUGAAGAUGGCGAGGCAGUAUUUCGUUGAGGUGGGCCAGGGGGAGAAGAGGGUGCGGUUCAUUGCGCGGGAGGGGAGUUAUCAUGGGACGACGCUGGGGGCGUUGUCCAUGAGUGGACAUGUGGGGAGGCGGGCGCUGUUUGAGGGGACGGGCAUGCUGUGUGGCGCUGUGGGGAGGGUGGCGCCGUGUUAUGCGUACAGGGGGUUGAGGGAUGGGGAGACGGAGGCGCAGUACGUGCAGAGGCUGGCGGAGGAGCUGGACGCGAAGUUUCGGGAGUUGGGGCCCGAGACGGUGUGCGCGUUUGUGGCUGAGCCGGUGGUGGGUGCGACGUUGGGCGCCGUGCCAGCUGUGCCCGGGUAUUUCGCGGCCAUGAAGAAGGUCUGCGACAAGUACGGCGCGCUGCUCAUCCUGGACGAGGUCAUGUCCGGUAUGGGUCGUUGUGGAACGUUACAUGAGUGGAUGCAAGAGGGCGUCGUGCCUGAUAUUCAGACCAUGGCCAAAGGUCUCGGUGGGGGAUACGCACCCAUCUCGGCCAUCAUGAUCAAUCACCGCGUGGCCGAUGCACUGAAAGCAGGGACUGGCGCCUUUGCCCACGGCCACACCUACCAAGGCCACCCCGUUUCCUGCGCCGCCGCCCUCGAAGUCCAACGUAUCAUCCGCGAAGACAACCUCGUAGCCAACGCACGCCAUCUCGGCAUGCUACUCGGCGAUCUUCUCCAUCAGGCGCUCGACUCACAUCCUUACGUCGGCGACAUCCGCGGCAAAGGCCUGUUCUGGGCUCUCGAAUUCGUCGCCGACAAAUCCACCAAAGAGCCCUUUCCCCGUCCCAAAAACGUGGCUAACGCUGUGCACCUGGUGGGGCUGCACAACUUCGGCAUCAGUCUGUAUCCCGGCAAUGGCAGCAAGGACGGCGUGCUGGGCGACCAUGUCUUGAUCUGUCCGGCGUAUAACAGCACGGAGGAGGAGAUCAGGGGGAUGGUGCAGAGAGUGAGGGAUACGGUUUAUGCAACGUUCAGCGAGUUGGAGAGGGAGGGGUCGGCUUUGAGGUUGGGACAGCCUGCUUCGAAGCUUUGA